CAAAAAAGGUGCUUAUCUCAAGCUAUGGUGCCUCGACGAUAUAUUUAUCCGUCUAGUAGUCUCUCUCAAACGUGUUCAUCUCUGUCGCGCAGAAGAAGAUGGCGAGUGUCAAUGUGAUAGUGGCCAACCAUGAGGCAGUUCAAGUCAACUACUGUUGUGGGAUCAGCACCGUCACUGUCAAAACGGCGAAGAUGAUGAUGAUCGCGGGCGGGGUCGUCAUCGGACUCGGGAUCAUCUUGAUCGCGUUGGGGAUUACUGCCAUCGUCACCUUCGAACAAAAUUGCGAGGAUUUAUGCUCAGUGUAUGUAGAAGGGACGUGUGAAUGCUCAUUGAACUACGGCCGCAUUGUUUCACUUUUCAUUUCUGCCCUCCUAUGCUUCAUCGGCGGGGCAGUGGCCAUUCAGCGAUGCCACGCAGGCUUGAAAGCGCUGAGGAUAAGAAGGAUGAAUGCACCGAAUCAGCCAGUAUAUCCCGGCGCCAUCGAAUUCCAGCAAACUGCAUAUGCACACCCUGGUAACCCUUAGCCGUGGUGUCAUCCAUAGGAUCCAGUUCGACCGACGGAUCAAGGACAGAAAAAGUGUCAUUGGAUCAAUUAUGUAUCCAUGUUGAAAGAUUGUUCUUUAUUGAAUAAAUUUCUUAUUCAAGUAUGAA